CGGACGCAAUGGUUCACAAAACGGAAGGAACCGAGUAUUGGCUUCGGGGAGUCGACAAAGGUUGAAAUGAAAGCGUUGGUUUUAGGCAACAAAACAAAAGGAAAGGCCUAAAACCAACCAACAAAUUCAUUGUUCAAUCCCUUAGAUCGCAUCAUAUCCAUCAUGAUCAUCCUCUAUUGACGGAAUCGAAGCUGAGUGGAGAAGCUGGUGCUGUUGCUAUUGUUAUUGCUAUUAAAAGAAAUACAUUGAUAAUAUAAUUAUUAUCAAGAUAGAAGGAACGAAAAGAAGAAUGAGUUUUGUUUUCCGGGGAGCUCGAUCUGAUAUCGAAAAUGGCUUCCCUAGUUUUGUACCUGAACGACGUACACUGCGUGUUCACGCAACUCGGCCUGUCAAUUCCAAUUCACUUGUUUUUCUUGUCACAGUUCUCUUGCUAUUCAUGAUUUUGAACUCGCACCAAAUGUCACCUAAUUUCCUGCUUUGGCUAGUGCUUGGUGUGUUUUUUAUGGCGACGACUUUGAGGAUGUAUGCAACCUGUCAACAACUCCAAGCUCAGGCGCAAGCCCAUGCUGUGAUGGCAAGUGGUCUUCUUGGUCAUACUGAGUUGCGGUUGCAUAUGCCGCCAUCCAUAGCCCUUGCUACCAGAGGGCGUUUGCAAGGACUCAGGCUUCAGCUUGCACUUCUUGAUCGAGAGUUUGAUGACCUAGAUUAUGAAACUUUGAGAGCACUGGAUGGUGAUAACGUUCCCAAUGGCACUUCAAUGAGCGAGGAAGAGAUAAAUGCCCUUCCAGUUCACAAAUACAAGGUCACUGGUCCUCAAAAUGGUGGCUCCUCAAUGCAACAAGCCUCUUCUUCUGUCUCGGCUGAGCAAAAGAAGCAAGAUACAGGUAAUGCUAUUGGGAGCAUGAAGUCUUCAGAUGAUGAGCUGACUUGCAGUGUGUGCUUGGAGCAAGUUAGCAUGGGGGAAGUGAUCCGCACCUUGCCAUGUUUACAUCAGUUCCAUGCGAAUUGCAUUGAUCCAUGGCUACGGCAACAGGGAACAUGCCCAGUCUGUAAAUUUAGGGCAGGAUCUGGGUGGAAUGAAAAUGGACAAGGUGGAUUGGAUGCUUCAUACAUGGUUUAGCUACAAGCACUGGCAUAUAGUUUUGAUAGAUUUAUAUACUAAAUACACAGCAUUUAUAAGCUCAUUGAUGAACAUGGAAGGACUAAUUGAGGGUGGCUAAGCAAUUGUUGUAACACUUGAUUUAACAUUAUAAAAACGGAGGUUCCUGUAUAAUCAAUGACAUAAAUACAAGUUAUAUCACAGUAUUUCAGCA